CUCCAAGUACCUCCCAAUUAAAUAUGACCGAUCCACCAGCCCCACCCCAUGCAUCCAGCUCCUCUAAUUCACAAGUUUUAUCUACCUCACCUCCUCCAACCCGCCCCACUCGACAACGGAUCCCUAACCCCAAAUAUUUUGGCGAUCCGUUCGUCAACUCCACUACCCGUCACCCUAUACCCACUCCCCUGGAACCCGUGAGUGUAAAACAAGCUUUAGCAGAUCCAAGGUGGAAGGCAGUUAUGGAGGAUGAAAUCGCUGCUCUUCAACGAAAUACUACGUGGACCCUUGUUCCACAGCAGGCCCAACAACCUAUCACUUGCAAAUGGUUGUUCCGUAUCAAACGGAAUGCUGAUGGAAGUGUCGCCAGGUUCAAAGCACGCCUUGUUGCCCGUGGCUUUAUGCAACAACCGGGUCAGGGUCCAAGGAAAGAAGAUGAGGUGUAAAGGUGAGAUUAUUCUGAGAUUACGUAAAUGUGAGAUUAUUUUGAGAAGACCAAUAAAAGAAACCUUGUUGGGGCUCACCAGACUUGAGGAGGAGCUGCGACUCGACAGAGAGGGUAGUGGGUGGCGACUGAACGGAAAGAGGAGCGAGUGGCCGGAGCAGCUGAGCCCUUGUACGCUCCAUUUCUGGGUCCUCAUGCUCUGUCUAGGGGUCACCAAGGGUGUCCCGGUUGGGGUCGACAACGACCUUCUCCAUCUGCAUGAGAGACGCGUCGGCGUUGGUAUCGCCGAUCUUCUUGCUGACACAUUGUUCUUCAGCAGGGCUGGAGAAAUCAGACAUAGUUUUCUUCCCUUCUUCCCCUGUAUGAAAUUUCAGAUCUAAAUCUGAGAUGUCCAGUAACAUCAUUUUCAUCUGAAUUAGACAGAUUUUUUCUUGGUUUUCCUGCUAAAGUGACGUGAGAGAGGAUAGAAGCUCUCAAUGAAAGAAUCAAUGUUGGUCCAAAAUAGGACGCUCCUAGACUUUUAGGAAAGAUACGUACGACACUCAAGCAGGAAAUCAGGAAAAUAAUGUGAAUACGGAAAGUGCUCAGGAGAAUAAUUCUGAUAAUAAUAAGCGAGUGGAGGACUCGUGAUGGGGUUAUGGGACUAGGCCCAGAGCCUAAUCGGCCCAGGCCCCGAACUUGAACUAGAAGGUCCAAGCCCAACAACCCAGAGCUCGAGCCGGCCUAAUGGAUCAGGUCCAUCAAGAAGCGGAAGCCCAAGACGGCCUGCCUUGCGGCCCAGCCAGUAGCCUGCCUACAGCACAACGGGGAACCUGCCUUCCAGCCCAGCCAGGAGCCUGCCUCUUCCCCAACGGGGAGCUUGCCUUCCAGCAUAGCCAGGAGCAUGUCUCUUGCCCAACGGGGAGCUUGCCUUCCAGCCCAGCCAGGAGCCUGCCUCCAACCUAGCGGGGAACCUGCCUUCCAGCCUGGCCGGUGGCCUGCCUUCCAGCCCAGCCAGUAGCCUGCCUCCAGCCCAGCGGGAAGCCUGCCUUCCAGUCCAUUCAGGAGCCUGCCUCCAGUCCAGCAGGAGGGAGCUCAAGUGUUCGGCCUGCCAGCCAGGCCGACUUGCUAGCCAGGAACAGUAACGGCCGAAGCAAUUAAUGUGAGACUUAAUUAUGUAUUUAAUUUCCGUAUAAUAUUGUAAUUAAUUAGCCAUUAAUAUCUUUGACAGUUACCAUUUGUAAUCGCCUAUAAAAGGCAAGUCUGAUUCAAAUGAACGAUAAGC